AUGGCAGCAGCUACUGACGAAUUGAUGCUUUUGGAGCGAGUGUUCCUGUGUCUGGGAAAUGCAGAUACUGAUGAACAGCUCCAGGCGUCAGUGUGCAAAUUUUUGCCACCGGUGUUACUCAAGUUGUCAAGUCCGCAAGAAGGUGUUAGGAAGAAGGUCAUGGGUCUGCUGAUUCAUAUUAAUAGACGGGUUAAAAGCCGUCCCAAAGUUCAACUCCCAGUGGAAGCUCUGUUGCUCCAAUAUCAAGAUCCAGCUGCCAGCUCUUUUGUCAUUAACUUUACGAUAAUUUAUAUUAAACUUGGUUAUCCAAGAAUGGAAAUGAAAAAACACCUAUUACUAAUGAUAAUGCCAGCCUUGGGUAAUCUGGAGAUACCACUAUCUGCCGAAAAGCGAGCCGCCCUUCUAGGCCUGCAAGACAAGCCCUACGUAGCGAAGCAACUGAUAAACUUCAUGCUGGACAUGCUACUAUUACCAUACGGCUCAGUAGGCCAGGCAGAUAACCGAGACUCUGGACAGCCUAUCGACUGGUCUCAGUACCCAGUGCCUCCAGGCCUCAGCGAGUACGCCUUCAAGCGCGUUAUCGGCGAGAACCCUCCAGUGGCCGAGAAACUCGAGCAAGUAAAAUUAGGCAUCGUGAAGUUCCUCGCCGGAGGUUUCUUUCCCGAAUCAGACAUUUUGAUCCACCUGAUCGUCGCAGCAGCAGACACGCGUUUCAGCGUUGCAAAUCUAGCAGACGCCGAGCUGAAAAAAAUAGUUAGUACUCUAGACUGGUCGUCUAUGCAGCUGGCUCUUCCUCUGUACACUUUAUUCCUCGGAACCAGCGCCAUCGGAACACAGAAGGACAUAAAACCAGAGAUGAAGCGUCACGCAGCGAAUACCAGAAUCCGCCUAAAGCUCUUGCAAUAUUUAUGUCGCGUUACCAAAGCUGGAUUCAUAAUACCCCCAAGUAUCCAGGUGGUAUUCGACUCUCUGUACGGCAACAACACAAACAAGAAAUUAAAAUCCCUAGCUUUGGAUUUCACAUUGAACAUGGUCCAGCAGUGCAGUUUUGGGUCUCUCUCUCGCGUAGCUGGAGUCAUUCUCAACGGAAUGGUGAAAUUAAUCUCCGAAGGCGAGCCUGAGCACAUCGCUAUAGCUUACACAAUAAUUGGCCAACUGGGCCAGCGAAUCCCAUCUUUAGUCAACAAAGAUUCAAGCCUAGUCCAGCAAUUUUUCAAAGCUCUCACUUCAACAGACUCAGACAUGCGUCGUACAGUCCGCGACGCUUUAAUCGCAAUGUCUUCAGCAUUUAUCCUAAACCCCAGUGACAAAAAUGGAAUCGCAACGAUGACCGCUUUACUGUCGACUUACAUCGAAUCUGAAGAGUCCAGUGUCAGGUCAGUCGCUGUUCAUUACGUAGCGACAAUUUUUCCAGCUAACCACGCGCCUUCUAGGUAUCUUUUACUCCUAGCCUGCGGUGAUGAUAAGAACGAAGUCUCUACAGAAGCCAUAAAAGCGCUCUAUGGAACUGCUCAUCGCAAUGAACGCUACAAAUCUGACUCUAAAGAAUACCAGCUGCCUAAUUUCCCGGAGAUGAUUUUGUACGUAAAUCAAAACACCCAGACUCGCAUUAAUUCCAACAGUAAAUUUUCAGUAGGCAACCACGUACUGCCGUACAACAUUACUACUUUUAAUGAAAUUAUUAGUUAUCUAAGACUGUGUUUGGCUAAGAGCGCAAAAAUUCUAGCUCGGGAGCCAAUUGAGAACCAUCCUUGUGAACACACUCCUACGAUUGCUAAAUAUCUCAAGGAACUUGUCGACGAGGAUAAAAAAUAUUUGGACAAUUAUAUUGAACUUAUAACCAGCUUGUGUCAUGCAACUGCUGAUAAAAUUCCGCUGAUUGCUUUGCUGGAGGUAGUUGGUACUAUUCCGAGUUCUAUGACUGGUUACUUCGUUAAAGAACUACCUUGGAUUCAAACACUACUCACCUCGACCAAGGCUGAUGUUCGAGAGCUGGCUGCUAAGAUAAACGCGAUUGUCAUGCAGUGUAAUAGCAGCAAUGAAGAGUUUGAAUUGAGAGCCGGGGAAUUUAUGAGCUCGGCUAAGAAUAAAGUUCUGGAGACUCAGCAUGGCUCGUUGUUGGCUUUGUCUUACAUGAUGGAACGCAAGCUGACGGCUCGGAAAGAUUCAGAGCAAGUGGAGAAUUUGUUGAGCUGGAAGAUUUACAGCGAAGUUGUACAGACGAUUUGCUCUUUCUUGACGAGCAGCACUGUUCUUUUAGUGGAUGCUGCUACUCAAGGAAUUGGAAUUAUUGGGAAAGUUUUUCCGCUUCCGCUGAACUCUGAAAGUGAAGAUGAGACUCUGAGUAAAAAAAAGCUGGUUGAAAAUUUAUUCGCUAUAUUGAUGAAUGCAAAAAUGAAUGGCAAGAUUAAAGAAAAUGCGAUACAGUCUCUGGGAUUUCUGUGCAUUGGAGAAAGUUUUCCGUAUACUAAAAUUAUUAUUGAGAAGUUUGUUGGGUACGCGAAAGAAACUAAGGAUGUUACGAUUCAUUUCUCGAUCGCAGAAGCUCUGGUGCUUUGUGUGCAAGGACCGGCUUCUAAAGAAGCGAGGGAUAUUUGGACGACUGUGCCGGAAGAGCAUAAUCAAAGUUACUCGGCUGAGAGUGAUAAUUUAUUGGUGUUUUUGUUGGACCAAUUGUUGAAAUUAUCAAGCGAUCCGCAUCCAAAUUCGAGACAGGCGAUCUGUAUUUGGCUGUUGUCGAUUUUGAGACACAAUGAUAAAAGGCAGCAUGUUAUUGAUCGAUUGCCGAAUUUACAGAACGCUUUUUCUAAUUUCUUGGGGGAAAAUAAUGACAUUGUACAGGAUGUCGCUUCUAAGGGAAUUUGCUUGGUUUAUAAUACGAGCGAGAAGACCGGUAGAGAUGACCUGGUGGAUACUUUGAUGAGCCAGUUGACGGAAGGACGUCGUGCUGUUCAACAAGUUACGCCAGAUACCAAAUUGUUCGAGGAAGGGGAGUUGGGAAAAGCUCCCACUGGGGGAACAAUCACUACUUACAAGGAAAUUUGUUCCCUGGCUUCGGAUUUGAAUAAGCCGGAUUUGAUUUAUAAUUUUCUUCAGCUUGCUAAUCAUAAUGCUGUAUGGACCUCGAAGAAGGGCGCUGCUUUCGGGUUUUCUGCGAUUGCUUCAAUCCAGCAAAGCAUGUCAAACAUCUGGCACGACAUCGUUCCCUCAACCUCAAAAGCCCUCGAGCAGUACCACAACGAAAUUCUGGAGGACCUAAAAGUAAACCUCACCAACAACCAAUGGCGCGUACGACUAAGCUGUUGCCUAGCUCUUUCCGACCUUUUUAAAUCAAACGCCCACAUAGACUACGCGAAACACGCUCCUGAAUUAUGGAAACAAUUAUUCCGCGUUAUGGAUGACGUUCACGAAGACACUCGUAACAACGCCACCAACACCGCUCGUUUACUCAGCAAAGUUUGCGUCCGCGAAUGCGACCCCAACCACGGAAAAUCCGGCGAGCGCGUUUUACAAUCAGUCUUACCCAUAUUUCUCGAAGUUGGAAUUCUCCAUAACGUAAAAGCCAUCCGUGCUCUGUCUCUACAAACAGUUUCUCAACUAGUAUCAACAGCCGGCGUCCUGCUAAAACCUUCUCUAGUACACUUGAUCCCAGCGCUGCUAACAGCCACCGACAUGGAGCACGAAGGUCUCAUGUACAUGAGCACAAAGUACAGCGCACAGACGGAAAUCCAAGAAGCUCUCGAUCGGGUCAGAUCCAACGAAGCUAAAUCUCAUCAUGCAACCGAGACAGUUCGCAAGUGUACUCAGUACAUAGACACAGCAAUUCUUCAAGAAUUAAUGCCUAAAGUUAUUGAAUUGAUAAAAUCCAGCAUUGGUCUAGGCUCCAAGGUGUCUAUUAGUCACUUUUUAAUUCUUCUGAGCUUACAAAUGAAGCAAGAAUUACAACCAUUCGCUGGAAAACUGUGCAGCGCUUUAAUGAACGGAUUAACAGACCGAAAUGCUACCGUAAGAAAAACCAACGCAGUUACAAUUGGCCAUAUAAUUGGUUCAGCCAAAGAUUCUAGUGUAGAAAAAAUAUUCAACACUCUCAACACUUGGUACAACGAGCGUGAAGACGAUGCAAUUCGCCUGGCAAUUGGUCAGACUUUACAAUCAAUCAGCAAUCACAAUCAUGAAGUUUUAAAAAAAUUUUCUGAUAUUGUAAUCCCGCUGACUUUCUUCGCGAUGCACGCGAUAAAAGUUCCUGCUAAUAAAGAAACCGUGGAGCUGUGGACGGAUUUAUGGGGUGAAAUUUCCCACGGAACGGAGUCUACAAUAAAACAAAACUUGAGCUUGAUCAUCGGAACGCUUAAUCGGUCAUUAGAGUCAGCUUCUUGGACAACCAAAGCCCAGGCUGCUAAUGCAGUCUCUACAGUCGCGGUGAAAGUUGGCUCUUCGAUGGAUGAUGAAGCCAGGAAUGGAUUGUUGAGGAUUUUAAUCGCCGGAUUGCAAGGAAGAACGUGGAACGGAAAGGAGAGACUUGUUGAAGCGCUGGCGACGCUUGCUUGUCAUAGCAAAGAUGCUUUGGGCAAAGAUGCUGCUUUGAGUGCUUCCGUUGUUGAAGCGCUGUACAAAGAGAGCAAAAAGGAGAACUUAGAAUAUCGUCGUUAUGCUUUAAAGGCGUUUGCUGAUGUGUUGCAUGAGCUGGGUAUUGAUAAAUUCACGGAGCUUUAUGAUAUUGCGCAGGAAAUUUUGGGGAAAAUGGGGAAAAAGAAUAAGGGGGAUGAUGAUGAUGAUAAUGAUGAUGAUGAUGAUGAGAAGAGCGAUAAGAGCAGUGAAGAAAUUACUAAAAAGAGAGAAGACCAGAUGAAGUUGCAAGAAACUGUUUAUGAGGCUCUUGGCAAAGCCUGGCCGGGUUCUAAGGGUAGUAAAGAUACUCAGGAUAAAUAUUGCUUGCAAAUUAUUGCUCAUUGUCAUGAGACUCUACCAAGCAGCACUAGGGCUAUUCAGGUCGCUAUUAUGACCACCUUGACGCACUUUGUGGAGAAGCUUGUGUUUUUCCAAGUCACUUAUGGAGAAUUGAAGAAGGAGGAUAGGGAAAAACUGGACAUUAUUUGCGAAACUCUGUAUCAGAUUUUGAAAAUUUCUAUAGGAAUUUCUAAGUACACGAGAAUAAGGAAGGAGGCGCUUAAUAUUGUGCUGGUGUUGUCGAAAAAGUUGAUAGACAGUGGGAACAAUAAACAAACUGAAGCGCUUAAAAGUUUGUUCUGUCAACUAUUGACCAAUGAGCUGGCUUCUGACAAUCAGCCGGAAAUUCGUACUCGCGUUGUUGACAUAAAAGCUAUUUUUCAAUUAUAA